AUGCGACGGUGCGUGGGGCUCGCGUUCUUCUCGGCCCUCGUCGGCUUCAUCGCCGCUGGGUCGACUCGGGUCGUCGCUGAAACGUGGGAGGAGAUCGGGGACGGGGUCGGCUACCGCUCACUUGGCACCGGCCAGAGCGUGGUUAUCGCGUACGGCGGAUACGGCGUGACGGACGCGCUGAGCCGCCACUGGCUGGACCGGCUGCUGAGCAAGUCUUCCCUCGCGUCCGAGUCGGGCGUGGGGCACGCCUACGCCGUGCGGGGACCCGACCAUCCAUCGUAUCCGAAUCUGGAGAUCGAGAAUUCGGCUCUCGUCCGGUUCGGCUAUUUUUUUUUCGUGGGUCAGCGGAUGGAGGAUAAUUAGUUAUGAGUGUCAUGGAGGG